AUGGCAAACUCCAAAGAAUGGGGAAAGAUGUGUGAUGGCGAGAUCUACUGGCUAUGGGACGAAGACUUGCAAGCCAAUCGGACGCGGUGUAAAAAGGCUUGUCAGCUCUACAAUGCAAACCAGGAUGCUUCCAGGCGAGAAAAGGUGAAGAUGUGGAGGAGCAUUGUAGGCGAUACUCGGCCUUUGCCCCCAUUGCUCGAGGACUCGACAGCAGAUGCAGCUCAGUUCGACGAGACGGACUGCACAGUGGACGGCCCGAUUUCCCUUGAUCAUGGUCUGAAUGUCCAUGCGGCACCAAAGUCUUACCUCAACUUUGGUCUAGUUAUUCUCGACACCUGUCCGGUCACGAUUGGGUCUCGCACUCUUUUCGGACCCAAUGUCUGUAUCUAUACUGCAUUACACCCAGUCGACCCCAAGGUUCGAAACGGGCUGGAGGGUCCAGAGUUUGGGAAGCCGGUAGUGAUCGAAGAGGACUGCUGGAUCGGCGGUAACGCGAUCAUUUUGGCGGGUGUAACAAUCGGAAAAGGUAGCACGAUUGGUGCUGGGGCCGUGGUGUCCAGAGUAAGUCAACCUCCCAAUGUAAUGCACGCCAGUCCUAACAAUCAUGAAGAGCAUCCCACCAUUUUCGCUGGCAGUUGGCAGCCCGGCACGAGUGGUGAAGAGAAUCGAGACGGACAUGAGUCUGUGAAAAUAAGAGGUGGAUCGGAACCUUGUUGGUGUGGCUGGCACUCGAGACCAGUAGUGAUGGUUUAUAGGAUCCUGCUCCGAAAUAUGGGUGUAUACGUUGAGCUAGAUGAGAUGCGCUGA